GAAGUCAGUCUACAGAAGAACCUACCACUUCCUGAGUGAGAAAGUAAAGCUGAGAGCAUUUUUCUCAGGUUUUAUAUUGGGACAGACAGCUCCUUUGGUACAGUAGGGGUACUGUAGGGUGCACAGCAAUAAGAAAAGUAAGUAGCACAUUAUAACUUCAAAUUCAUGGUGGCUAGUUUACUUCCAUUUGCAUUCAGGCUACAGAGACAUUAGGAGAUUUGAAAUCAACCGGAGUUGAAUAACUAGUAGGCUAAAUGACAACUGUAAACUAGUAGCCACAGUGUGAUACAGGAGAAAUGGCCUCACGAUAUCCCUUAGAGGAGGAUCUCUCCUGUCCUGUUUGCUGUGAAGUCUUCAAGGACCCUGUUGUCAUGACGUGUUCUCACAGCGUGUGUAAGGAAUGCCUGCAGAAGUGCUGGCAGAGCAAAGGACUGAGGGAAUGUCCUGUCUGCAGAAGAAAGUCUUCAACAGAGAAUCCGCCAAUAAAUCUUGCGCUGAGGAAUCUCUGUGUGACCAUAUCAGGGGGGAGAUGCUCUUCUUCUGGGCCUGAGGUGCUCUGCAGUCUGCACAGUGAGAAACUCAAGCUCUUCUGUCUGGAGGACAAACAGCCUGUGUGUUUGGUGUGUCGAGACUCAAAGAAACACAGAAAUCACACCUUCAGUCCCAUAGAUGAAGCUGCAACAGAAUUCAGGGAGGAAGUUAUAACCAACCUGGACCCUCUCAGAAAGAAACUGAAGACCUUUCAAGAAGUUAAACUAAUCUGUGAUCAAACAGCAGCACACAUUAAGACUCAGGCUCAACACACUGAAAAGCAGAUCAAGGAGGAGUUUAGGAAGCUUCACCAGUUUCUAUGUGAUGAAGAGGCAGCCAGGAUAGCUGCACUGAAGGAGGAAGAGAAGCAGAAGAGUCAGAUGAUGAAGAAGAAGAUUGAGAAGAUGAACAGAGAAAUCUUGAACCUUUCACACAUAUUCAGAGCCAUAGAAGAGGAGAUUGGAGGUGAUGACAUCACAUUCUUGCAGAACUACAAGAGUGCAGUGAAAAGAGCCCAAUGCACACUGCAGGAUCCAGAGAGGGUUUCAGGAGCUCUGAUCAAUGUGGCAAAGCACCUGGGCAACCUGAAGUUCAGAGUCUGGGAGAAGAUGCAGGAGAUUGUUCAGUACACUCCUGUGACUCUGGAUCCCAACACUGCACACCCAGAACUCCUCCUGUCUGAGGAUCUGACCAGUGUGAGAUGUGGUGAUGAGAGACAGCAGCUUCCUGAUAACCCAGAGAGAUUUGAUAAGUAUCUCAGUGUCCUGGGCUCUGAGGGCUUUAACUCAGGGACUCACUGCUGGGAUGUGGAGGUUGGGGACAGUACAUGGUGGCAUGUGGGUGUGAUGGCAGAGUCCCUCCAGAGGAAGGGAGACUUUAGCUCCAUGAGUGGACGGUGGCGUAUGGGGUAUACUGGUGGUAAAUAUGCAGCAUGUGCUCCACCUCAUUACCUCACUCUCCUCACAGUGCAGCAGAAACUCCAGAGGAUCAGAGUGCAGCUGGACUGGGACAGAGGAGAGCUGUCAUUCUCUGACCCUGAUAAUAACACACACCUACACACCCUCACACACACUUUCAGUGAGAGAGUGUUUCCAUACUUGAAUUUCACUGUGAAACGGUUUCCUCUGCAGAUCCUCCCAGGCUCAAUAACAGUAGAGCCACACAGUUAGAUCAUGCCUCUUUACAAUCACUGGAAAUAAUAGUUGAUGAAAUGAGAGAGACUUAGUAAUAUGAUUGUCAUAACAUCUUAAAGAAGAGGUUAGGUGUUUUUCAACCAAGGGUCUAUUUUUGGAUUAUAACGAGUCUAAGUUUUAGUUUGGGACAAAAACGACGUCAAUCUAGUUUUAAGUGAGACCGGAAUGUAGUUUAAAAGGCUGUUUGUGCAGUCGGGGCAUUGCCUUACUCUUACUCUACUGAAAAGGGACAGAACAACCUUACAAAGACCAACAACCAGACAGCUGGCGCUGAUGAAAGGCUCGCUACCAUGGUAACAUCUCUUGGCAGUCCAGCCUAAACCACAGAACAACGUUGUGCGUAACGGCCCGUUUUUUUCUCUCUCUCUCUCUCCUUCCGUGGUGCUCUGUGCAAAACUCCUGAGGAGGUUGGGGCAGAACUUGCUCCAAGACAACAGUUUUAUUAGCUCAUGCUUUUGUAAUGUUUGUUUGGAAUUACUGUGCUAUCGUAAUUUAACAGUAUGUUAUUAAUGCAAGUGUCCUUUUAGUGUCCUGCAGUUCAUUUGUUUUCUUAUUGGGGAAAAGAGUACAACAACAUUUGAUUAAGCGACAGAUAGAAGAUGAAAGCCCACAGCAGUAUAUGUCUGUGUGUGUGUGUAUGUGUGUGUGUGUGUUUGUGUCUGUGUGUGUCUGUGUGUGUGUGUGACACACAGAACUCUUUGAAAAACACAGGAUGUGGCACAGUGUGGGCGCCUCAUGUCAUAGUCUGAAACUGU